CACACAAAAACUCUCAAAAUUUUCCCACAAAACUCACACCUUUCACUAUAUCUCCUUUCUCCCAAACCCAACAAUUCUAGAGAGAGAAAAAAACAGAGUAAGAGAGAGAAAUUGCUACAUUUUCCAAAAUGGAGAUUCUCUCUGUUACUCUGUGCACAAUACUCCUCUUUCUCUCUGCUUUUUUCUCACUCCCAUUCCUGAAGAGAAUGAAGAAGAAAAAGGCCCAAAAAAUUGCUAGGCUUCCUCCUGGCUCCAUGGGGCUGCCAUGGAUUGGAGAAACUCUGCAACUCUACUCUCAAGACCCCAACAUUUUUUUCUCCGAAAAACAGAGAAGAUAUGGGGAAAUCUUUAAGACCAAUAUUUUGGGGUGUCCUUGCGUGAUGCUGGCCAGCGCCGCCGCGGCCCGGUUCGUUCUGGUGACUCACGCCAGCUUUUUCCGGCCGACGUACCCCAAAAGUAAGGAGACGAUGAUCGGCCCGGCGGCGCUCUUCUUCCACCAGGGAAAUUACCAUUCCCACCUCCGGAAGCUCGUCCAGAGCUCCCUUUCUCUUGAACGCCUCAGAAACCUUGUUCCCGACAUUGAAGCCGCCGCCAUUUCAGCCGCCGACUCCUGGGCCGCCGCCGGCCAGGUCAUCAACACCUACCUCCAAAUGAAAAAGUUUUCUUUCCAGGUGGGGAUUCUAGCAGUGUUUGGUCAACUGGAAAGUGAGUACAGCGAGAAGCUCAAACAAAAUUACUGCAUAUUGGACAAAGGCUACAACUCUUUUCCCACAAAACUUCCAGGAACCGCAUAUUCAAAAGCAUUAUCGGCGAGGAAGAGGCUGAGGAAGAUUCUGGGGGAGAUAAUUAUGGAGAGGAGAGAGAAGAGGGUAUCGGAGAGAGAUCUGGUGGGGCAUCUUCUGAGCUUCAGAGAUGAAAAAGGGGAGACUUUGUCGGAGGAUGAGAUCGCCGACAAUAUCAUCGGAGUUCUGUUCGCCGCCCAGGACACGACGGCGAGUGCGCUGACGUGGAUUCUCAAGUAUCUCCACGACAAUCACAAGCUCUUCCACGCUGUCAGGGCAGAGCAGAUGGAAAUUUAUAGAACAAAUUGUGAGGGGAGGAUUCCUCUGUCUUGGGCUCAGAUUAAGGACAUGCCCUUCACUCACAGGGUUGUAUUAGAGAGCUUGAGAAUGGCUAGCAUCAUAUCCUUCACUUUUAGGGAGGCAGUGGUUGAUGUGGAAUACAAAGGGUACCUUAUACCAAAGGGUUGGAAGGUGAUGCCCUUAUUCAGGAAUAUUCAUCACAACCCUGACUACUUCUCUGAUCCCCACAUUUUUGAUCCCUCUAGAUUUGAGGUAGCUCCAAAACCCAAUACGUUCAUGCCAUUUGGUAAUGGAGUACAUGCUUGUCCGGGGAACGAACUCGCUAAGUUAGAAAUCCUCAUCUUACUCCAUCACCUCGUUACUAAAUUUAGGUGGGAAGUUGUGGGAUCAGAAAACGGGGUUCAAUAUGGGCCAUUCCCAGUGCCAGUCAACGGGCUACCGGCCAGAUUUUCCAAACAAAUAACAGCCAACCAAUAGCCUUUUAUUUAUUUUUUUUCUAUACUUUUGUUUUGAAAUCUUCAACAUAUAUAUAUUUUAUAAAAUUAAUGCCCUUCUUCCACCUUCUUCACCAAAACCCUAAAACCCUAAUUAAAAGCCUCUAGUUUUUUUAUAUUAUUUCUUUUUUCCUUUUGCUUUUCAUCACAUGGGUCUUCUCUAUCAAUGCUUGUAUUGAUUUUAUUUCGAGUAUUGGAAAAGGAAGGGGGUUUCUAUUUGAUCUAUCGUCUGAUCUUUCUGGUGGGAGUACUCGUUGGCUCGGUAUUUAUUGCAUUCUCUGAACCGAAAGAUGUAUUGAAUGAAGCUAAUGAAA